GUUUGGUAUGCAAACAUAAAUUUAGCAACAACGUGUUCUCAGCGUGCAAAACUAUUGGAAGCAACUAUGAAGUGUCAUGUUGUCAUCAAAAAACUUUUAGAAUUUAUAUUGUGGAGUGGACGAGAGCUGAAGGAGUAGACACCGUUUCUCUUGUUCAGGAUCAAACAUUCUCACAUAGGCUUCUUCACUCUGAAUGAGCGAAAUUGACAACCGGAGAGAUGGUAACCCACAUCCACAGAGCUGCGGGAAUUGUUUUCGUGGCGUCAUUAUUGCUGUGCAAGGUGGAGGCCAACGGGCACGAAGGGGCUGUGUUCCUGAGGGAGUUCACACUGAUUCGACGGGACGACCUGCCAGAGGAGUCUUCCCCUGAAGACACAGGCAGCAAUAAGCCUGAAGACCCGAGCUCACGCACAGCCCGCUCAGAAGAGGACCGAGACACCCUGUGGGACGCCUGGGGCCCGUGGAGCGAGUGUUCGCGCACCUGCGGCGGUGGGGCCUCCUACUCUCUCAGACGCUGCCUCAGCUCCAAAACCUGUGAAGGACAGAAUAUCAAAUACAAAACAUGCAGCAAUGUGGAUUGCCCCCCCGGGUCUGGUGACUUCCGCGCGCAGCAGUGUUCUGCCCACGUGGACGUGCGUUACCAGGGCCAGUACCACGAGUGGCUUCCCCUGGACAAUGACCCUGAGAACCCCUGUGCCCUCAAGUGCAAGGCCAAGGGCACCGGUCUGGUGUUGGAGCUCGCGCCCAAGGUGCUGGACGGCACCCGCUGCUACACCGAGUCCUUGGACAUGUGCAUCAGUGGGAUCUGCCAGCUUGUUGGCUGUGACCUUGAACUGGGGAGCACAGCGAAAGAGGACAACUGCGGAGUGUGCAACGGGGACGGCUCCUCCUGCAGGCUGGUGCGAGGGCACUACAAAUCCCAGCAUUCCGCGGGUAAAACGGAAGACACGGUCAUCGUCGUCCCCUACGGCAGCCGCCAUGUGCGACUGGUCCUGAAAGGGCCCGAUCACUUGUACUUAGAGAGUAAGACUCUACAGGGCGUGAAGGGAGAGAACAGCCUAAGUGAGCCUGGGACUCACCACCUAGAAAACACCACUGUGGACUUCCAGAAGUUUCCUGACAAGGAGGUCCUGCGAAUAACUGGGCCCCUGGGAGCUGACUUCACCAUCAAAAUCCAUUACACUGGAGGGGCAGACAGUGUGGUUCAGUUCAUUUUCUACCAGCCCAUUAUUCAUCGCUGGAGGGAGACAGACUUCUUCCCCUGCUCAGUGACUUGCGGUGGGGGGUAUCAGCUGACUUCAGCAGAAUGCUUUGACCUGCGUAGCAAUCGGGUGGUGGUGGACCAGUACUGUCACUACUACCCUGAGAACAUCAAGCCCAAACCCAAACUGCAGGAGUGCAACCUGGACCCAUGUCUAGCCAGUGACGGCUACAAGCAAAUCAUGCCCUACGACCUGUACCACCCCCUGCCUCGGUGGGAGAGCAGCCCUUGGACGGCCUGUUCCACCUCCUGUGGCGGGGGGGUCCAGAGCCGGUCCGUCUCCUGCGUGGAGGAGGACAUGCAGGGCACCAUCACUCACACCGAGGAGUGGAAGUGCCUGUACUCCCCCAAGAUGCCCAUCCUGCAGCCCUGCAACACCUUCGACUGCCCUACCUGGCUUGCACAGGAGUGGUCGCCUUGCACAGUGACGUGCGGGCAGGGUCUGCGCUAUAGGGUGGUCCUGUGCAUCGAUUACAGGGGUCUGCAUGCUGGUGGCUGCAACUCGAAAACCAAGCCCCACAUCAAGGAGGAGUGCCUGGUCACCGUGCCCUGCUACAAACCUAUAGAGAAGCUUCCUGUGGAGGCCAAGCCGCCGUGGUUCAAGCAGGCCCAGGAGUUGGAUGAGCACACAGCAGUGACUGAAGAACCCACGUUCAUCCCUGGGGCCUGGUCCACCUGCAGCAGGACCUGUGGGGCGGGGACGCAGAGCCGAACUGUGAAGUGCCAGGUCCUGCUGUCCUUCUCCCAGACGGUCGCUGACCUGCAGGACGAUGAGUGCGAAGGGCCCAAACCCCCAGAGUCUCAGCCCUGCUACCGCCGCCCCUGCGGGGGGGAGAGAGGGGAGGAGGAGGAGGAGGAGGAGGAGGAGGAGGUGGAGGAGGAGGCGGAGGAGGCCCGCCCUGUCGAGAAAGAGGAGCUUCACGACUGGGAGUACGAAGGUUUCACGGAGUGUUCGGAGACCUGCGGGGGAGGUAAAGAGCCGAGUCUCAGGAGCGGCUCCUGGGAGCUCAGUGUGUUUACGCUCCGAGGGGAAAAGCUCACGCUCGCUCGGUGAUGUAAGGCAGAGCCGCGACCGCAGUCUGCGGCCCCCCUCCCUGUUCCCCGCUCACGCACGGCCGCAGACGCCGCCCGCGCCGGCCCUUUUCCUCGUUAAGGCCGGGUAACGCCCCGCUUCGGCGGGGGAAGUUUAGCGAAGGACACCCUGAUUGAGUGUGCGCGUGAUGCACGACAGCUCUGCUCCUGUCACUGAAAAAUGUUCUUUUGAAGGGAUCUGCCUCUUGUCACUGAGGCUUGCGAAGUUUCCACCCUGCGUCGCGUGAGAUUUCCGCCGCUGCUCCGCCAUGGCCGCCCGCUCGCGUUACGCACAGCUGCACCACAGGGCCGGCUUCAUAAAACGCGCUUAAUUAGCACACUUAAUUUAAUGAAAGUUAAAAUUGCAUCAUACAAAUGACACGACCUCGGGCUUCUUAUUCUGAACACUGCGUUUGACCAUUGAAACAUUUAACAGUUACGUAAUGCGCAUGUGCUGAAUUAAUUUGUGAAUCAGAAAUGAAGCCCAUGUUUAGCGCACAAUAGAUUUCACACCUUUUGCGGUUCAUUUAGUCUGCACUCGCGUGCGACCUGGGAGGAGGCCCCAGUACUCGUUGCCUUAGCUCUGUACGCGUGUCCCCCGGCCUGUGAGUCACUUUGAGUGUUCAUUUUCCAAAAUGGCCUGCCAGCUCACGUUAGCGACGCGUUUUAUCUGCCCCCCUGCGCGGCGCGAUGUGUGCGAGGCGACCUGCGACUCCGGGGCGUUUUGGAAACCCGGCGGCGGCGGGGACGGCGUAAUGAAACAGUCGUCUCUUUCACGACUGGGGCCCCGUAUCGCAUGUCGCCCACAACAAGAGGCCGCGAUCCUGCGGAACGUCAAGCUGGCAGGGGCCGUUUGAAGCUGGCGGGGUGUAGCACCGCUCCCGGCAUUGCCUUUGACACGGCUGAAUUAGGGAUUUAUUAUUUAUUCGUAACUACGGGUGCGUGUGUUCCGUGGGUACCUUGCCGUGACAGGCCUCUCGCACGCGCGGUACGUUUUUCUGUUCUGACUUUGGCUAAACUUCAGCCAAUAUAAUCGACGAUCCCUUAGCUGCGUGUAGGUCUUUCUAGGUGAAAAUGACAAGACUGGGGCACCUGAAGCUAAUAUAGUACAUCUGUUAGCAUUUGGAAGCAUUGCUUAAUUGUUAAAGGGUUGGCUAUGCUGUAUUUCCUAUCUCUAAAUGGUUGAUCUUUGCAGGGAACUCUAGGGAAAACGCAGAGCCAAGCGAUAAAGGCGUUUUCAUAAAGAAACUGUUUUUUUUAAUGCGCCCUAGCAGUGAGGACAGUGGAUUUCUGCACUUCACAAUGGUUUUUGUUGCCGCGUCGUACUGUUCCCUGCUCAGCGUUACUCAGAACACUUUGAACUGCGCAGCCACAUCAGAUUGUUGAAAGUCGUACGGCCAGUUCUGAUUGGUCCAAUGACUCCGGGCUACAAAGCCAGUUCUGAUCAGUCCGAUCACUCUUGCGUUGCGCAGACAGCUCUGAUCAGCGUGAGCCACUGCCAGCAUCCUAAAGUGAAAAGGACAAGCAGAGAAUAAACAAUAGGGAUUUCGAUGGAGGGGAGCAGAAGAAACGAGAGGCCGUGCCAACAGCUUGGAUUUAAAGAAUAUGCAGAGCUGGCGUCCCGGGAAGGCUAUGCGCAAACAGCCGUAAAGAAAAUCAAACUGCUAGAAGCUGGCAUUUGCAGAGGCAAGAGCAACAGUUGAGAAUGAUUAAACAGGUCACUCUCGCCUGUUCAGCGCUGCGCUGAUUUAUCUAGCGUGGUAGACUGCAGACAUCGCCAGAGGUCGUGCGGCGUAACAAAACGUAUGCAUUUUCUGUGAGUGUGUGAGAGAUGGGGUGCAUUUGAGAGAGUGUGAAUACAUGUGCUACAGCCCUGAGCCCUGAGUAUGUGAUUAAUAUGUGCAACUGCCCUGAAUGAUCCUGAAUGUGUGUGUGUGUGUGUGUACGUAUAAUUUGUUCAUGCUACAGCCCUGAAUGUUCCUGUAUGUGUG